AUGCCGAUCUUGGACAGUGAGUCGAAGUGGGACCGGCUUGCCAAAGGCUACUACCAAAAGUGCUUAGAUGAAGAAGAGCUAGAAAAGACGGGAGUGAUUGCAAUUAAGGAGAUAGUGAAUCGAGUAGGAGGAUGGCCAGUUUUAGAGGGAGAAAAGUGGAAAGAAUGGAACUAUACUUGGGAGGAACAAUUGGCUCUCGUCAUGAAUAAAAGCGGUCUGAAUGCUGUUAUACUUGAACUGGCUGUUACACAUGAUCCAUCCAACAGUUCCAAUAGCGUUAUUGAGAUUGACCAACCGAAAUGGGGAGUCGGAUCGCGGUGGCCGUAUCUAAUGGGGCCCAACGAUCCAAUGCUGAAGAAUUACACGCAUCUGAUGACUGUGACGGCCAAAGCCUUAGGAGCAGAACCAAAAUUAGCUGAGCGAGAGAUGUAUGAAGCUAUGGAGCUUGAGCUAAAAUUGGUGAACUUCUCUGCUGACGACAUGGUCCGACGAGAUCCAGACAGAGGAAAUAAUCGCUUCCAACUUUGGCAGCUGAAAAGUCAAUUUCCUUUGGUUAGUCUGCCUUCACCACUAUAAAA